UGUCUUCUAUUAUUAAAGUAUUUGAUACUCAACGGUUCAGAACGAGUAGUGACAAGUGGACGGGAACAUAUCUACGAUUUAAAAGGUUUAGAAGAUUUCCAAUAUAGGGAUGAAUUCGGUAAAGAUCAGGGUAUAAAUGUGAGGCAAAAAGUCAAAGAAAUAGUAGGAUUUAUUCAAGAUGAUGACAGACUUCGAGAUGAAAGAAGAAAAGCCAGAAAAACAAAAGACAAAUACAUUGGGCUGUCUGGGGAUAGUUAUCAGUACAAAUACAGUGACAAAUACGACUCUGAGCCGAGAAUGACUAGUGUGCGCGAAUUUGAUGAUGAAAUGAACAAUCAUAGAAGACGAAAGCAGGGCAGUAGAAGAAGAGGGUCUGACGAAGACUCGCCUCCAGAAUACGAUGAAAGGUAG